CUUUCUCAUCUUUUCUUCUUUUUCAACUUCACUAUCUCUCUAGUUCCAGCCACCGAAAGUGUCUGAUACUCUUUCUUCCUUUUUCUCACUCACUCACACUCACACACACUAUCUUUCUCUCCCCUCCAUUCUUCCUCAUGCAGAUUGGUUCUGCCAUUCCCUCUUCCUUGCGAAGGGCUCAAGCCUUGCGCAUCAUCGCCAUCUUGGCCGUCUUCUUUGUUCUUGCAUCUGUGUCUCGUUACCAUGGCUCUUUUGAUUUUUCAAUUGAUGAGGAUGGUCAGGUCCAGUCUGUACCACAUGAGGGCGCAGAACAUGAUAUAUACUAUACUCAUCACAUUGCCACGUUUGACCCCAAGGAUAUUAAGCCUUGGACAAAGGGCGAUACCGCAGCAUUACGAACACCUGAAGGACAGCGAGUUGUGCAAUACCUGACCGAAUCACCUUUUCAACCGCCUUCGGCCGAAAACGAAAACAAGAAUUGGAUCCUCAAAGAUAACCAUUUCUUAACAUUGACUAAACGUCUGAGGGUCUUUAGGGCAUUAUGGCAUGCUAUGAAGGCUUACUAUGAUCAGCUAUCACAAGAGGGUCAACAGGAUCAAUUCUAUAAUGCACCGCCUUCAGAGAUUGCACCAGCAAUUGAAUUCCUACAGAAAUUGGAGCAAGCGACUUUUCCUUGGGUCUUGAGCCGUCACAAGACCACUUUUGAUCUCUUCCAGACUUACAAGGAUGGCGGACGGGGCAUUGUCAUGUGUGUCGGAAACUACCAUGCAAAGUUUGCGCGGACGGCUAUCAAGGUGUUGAGAGAGGUGGUCAACUCGACUUUGCCGGUCGAGAUCUACUAUACGGGCCAUUAUGAUCUCACGCCCGAAAAUAGAGCCUGGUUCGAAAAGUAUGAGAACGUGAGGACAAUCGACAUCACAACCGUCAUUGAUAACGAACUGAUUCGACUUGGGGGAUGGGCUAUCAAGCCCUUUGCGUUGUUAAUCAGUAAAUUCAGCGAAGUCAUCCUCAUGGACUCGGAUGCUUAUUUUUUAGAGCCUCCGGAGGUCCUGUUUGAGGACGGAGGCUACAAGGAAGUGGGCACAGUCUUCUUUUAUGACCGCACAUUAUUCCCUGGUGCAGGAGGGGAUAAAAAAGUAUGGAUGGAAUCAUUCUUGCCUUCAAUGUCGAACCAUCCUUCCAAGACUCGCUGGUUCAAUCGUCAGGGCGAUCAUGAGAUGGAAUCUGGAGUGGUGGUCCUGGAUAAGACGAGACACUUUUUGGGAUUGUUGGCCAUCUGCAAGAUCAACGAUCUUCAUGAACGAGACCAGGUGACUUAUAGAAAGACUUGGGGUGAUAAAGAGUCAUUCUGGAUUGCACUCGAGAUGAUUCAGGAACGCUAUUCGUUUAUCCGAUAUCGAGGAGGCGUUAUUGGUAAUGUGGGCGAUGCGAUCCCUUAUAAGAAGGUGUUGCCGCAGGAAGAGAUUGAUCGUUAUCUUCAGGGCGAGAGCCUGACAGUUACAAAUCCAAUUGACCCCCAAACGAAUCAACAGACCCGUCGUGAUGGUGUCAAUAUGGACAGAGUCUGUGGAAACCAAUUGCAUUUCAACUAUAGGGGACAGCCCCUGUGGUGGAACUCGGGUGUGGUCCGAGACAAGUUCACAUCAAAGUCUCCAUACCUCAAGUAUACGGCCUAUAUGAAGGAUGAGGAUGGUGCCUGGGAUUUUGGAGAUUCCUGUAUAGUCCAAAAGAACCCCGGUGCGAUCAUGGAGGUGGAAUGGAGUCAGCGUCAGAUUGCAUUCAAGGUCAUACAAGCAGACAGAGAAGUGGCUCUGGAAUACAAUCAACCAGAUUUCAAGGAGAUUCUAGAAAUCCCAAAGUUGAUCAAGUCGGAGGGCGCUAAAGGUGGCAACGGUAACAGCGAGGCUGUAUAGAAAUAUUUAAAAGAAAAAAAAGAAAAAGAAAAAAAAAAAUCGAUAGAAUUGGA